AUGUCAAUGGCUUUGUAUAAUAAGGUUGAGCCAUAUUUUGCUGUGAUUUUCUUCCAGUUAGGCUAUGCUGAGCUAUCCAUUAUUGUCAAGUUUGCUCUGGACCAGGGUGUGAGCCCUUACACUUUCAACGUCUACCGCAAUGUCAUCGCCGCUAUUGUCUUUGCCCCGUUCGCCAUAAUCUUCGAAAAGUAUGCUUCUGUCUACUUUCUUUUUUUCUCUCUCGUUACGAAUGUUAGAAAUUUAUGGUAUCUCUGCUUAACGUACAGGAAUGUGAAGCCACAGAUGACUGUCUCCAUGUUCUCCAAAAUAAUGUUUCUGGGCUUGCUGGAGUAA